UGAUUGGGGUCCCACAGUCUCAGUAGAUCCAACACAUUGAGCUCUAAACUCUACUACUGUCUAUCUUUCUCUCUGAGAACCAAACCAAAAAAAAUCAAAUUCCAGUGUAGAAAAAAACAUAGCCAAACAGUUUUUUCAACUGUAAUAACUGAACCAAUAUUCACCGUCCGAUCAAAAGACAAGAAAAAAGAAAGAGAAGGAUCCGAAUUUUGGAGAUCCGAAUGACGGAUCAGAAUCUGGAGUUACAGGAAUCGGGUUGGGAGGAACUGAGACGAGAGGCUCGGAAGAUCGAAGGCGAUCUCGACGUUAAGCUCAAUUCCUACGCCAAACUCGGCGCUAGGUUCACCCAAGGAGGAUAUGUGGAUACUGGGUCCCCCUCUGUUGGAUCCAGCAGAUCAUGGAAAUCCAUGGAAAUGGAAAUUCAAUCGUUGCUUGAGAAGCUGCUGGAUAUAAAUGAUUCAAUGAGUCGAUGUGCUGCAUCUGCUACACCUGCUACUUCUGUAACUCAGAAGCUUGCAAGGCAUAGAGACAUACUUCAUGAGUUUACCCAGGAAUUUCGAAGAAUCAAGGGAAAUAUAAACUCUAUGAGCGAACAUGCGGAGCUGCUGAGUUCUGUCAGGGAUGAUAUCAGUGAGUAUAAGGCAUCUGGGAGCAUGUCCCCAAGGAUGCAGUUAUUGCGGGAGAGAGCAGCCAUCCAUGGAAGUAUAGCUCAUAUAGAUGAUGUGAUUGGUCAGGCUCAAACAACAAGACAAGUUUUGGGCUCUCAAAAGGCUAUGUUUGGAGAUGUUCAAGGGAAAGUGAAGAAUCUAAGCGACAAGUUUCCUAUUAUCCGUGGCCUACUUGGUUCAAUCAAACGUCGGAAAUCAAGAGACACUCUUAUUUUGGCUGCAGUCAUUGCCGCUUGUACGUUGUUUCUUAUAAUCUAUUGGCUUUCAAAGUAAUUAAAAGUGUGAUUAAGUGGUAUGGAAAUUGUUAAAUGAUGUUAUUUUUAGGAAUUUUGCUUUAUGUAAUUUGUUACAACAAAUCAAUUUCUCUUCUGAAAGUCUGUUUCCAUACGCAAUUAUUCUUCCAAA